AAAAGAAAGAAAGAAAGAGAAAGAAAAAGAAAGAUGAGUGGUUGUACCAACACGGUAGAGAGAAUCUAGGGAGAGAUCAUACCAGGAAAAGAAAAGAAAAGAAAAGAAAAGAAAAGAAAACCCACAGGCACAAUCACAUCUCCCUUCUUUCCCUGCAAUUUAAGCAAAAAAAUAAAAAUAAAAAUCACAUCUCUUCUUCUCCUUCUUCUCCUGUAAACCCACAGUUCCUUCUCACCUACUUCAUAAAAACCCCACGGAAUAACCCCACAUCUCUUUCUCUCUCUCUCUCUCUCUCUCUCUCUCUCUCUGUGAAUCUUCUGUAUAAAAAGGGCUUCCGUGGGUGGUGGGAUUAGCAGAAGCUGGUACUGAUAUAUAAUUGGGUGGCUCAGUUUUCUUUUUGACCAAAUGGGGAUGAAAUCAGCUUCUGAAGAUGAACUUCAACAGGAACAAGAGCAAGAAGAAGCACAGCAAGAUCAGCAGCAGCAAGAGCAACAUUUUCAUGUCUUGGCUGUGGAUGAUAGUGUUCUUGAUAGGAAGCUCUUAGAGAGGCUGCUUAGAGUUUCUUCUUAUCAAGUGACUUGCGUGGAUUCUGGGGAUAAAGCUUUAGAAUAUCUGGGAUUGCUUGGAAACCUAGAUAAUGCGUCUACAGCUUCAUCAUCAUCCUCUUCUUCUUCUUCUUCUUCUUCUCAGUCAACACAACAUGAGGGUAUGAAAGUCAAUCUCAUAAUGACAGAUUACUGCAUGCCUGGAAUGAGCGGCUAUGAUUUGCUCAAAAGAGUUAAGGGUUCAUCUUGGAAAGACGUCCCAGUCGUAGUUAUGUCAUCAGAAAAUAUACCUUCUAGAAUUAGCAUGUGCUUGGAAGGAGGAGCUGAGGAGUUCCUGUUGAAGCCGCUUCAGUUAUCAGACAUGGAGAAGCUUCAGCCUCAUCUUCUAAAAUCCCUUGACCAGUCUUGUGAAGGAAUGGACAACAGUGGAAGCACCGCCACCGCCACCGCAAAGAACAGCAGCAGUAAUAAUAUUAGCAAGAGGAAGGCGAUAUCUCCAGAACCCCCAUCAGAAAGAAGACCUAAAAUGAAAGGACUAGCUGUUGUAUAGAUUUAGCUACAUAUAUUUUCUAACUAAUAUAUGCAUGGCUUUAUUAUAAGCUCUGAGUGUGAGCUUUUCUCCCUUCAUUUCAUAAAUAUAACUUCUUUAGUACGUUUUCUUAUAUUAUAUUAUAUUAUAUAUAUUUUAAUUUA